CUCUUACAUUACAUCUCACUUGAUUCAAUUCAACUACACAACACAGAAAAUAAACAAUUAACAAUGGCGGGAAACCUACCAAACAGAAGAUAAAGCGCCAUUUUCAUUCACCAGAAGAUCCACCUCACCUGGGUUUAUCAAACCCUAAAACCCUGUUCUUCUUAUGUCAGAUUCUCAAUCGCUUCACGAGAACUCAUAAUCCAUUACCUUAAUUUCAUUUCAGUUAGGGUUAGGGUUUAGAAAAUUUUCCUAUUUCUAAUCAACGCACUGUAAAUGGGGAACAAAAUCAACGAUGAACUGAUCGCAACAGUUCAAUCGAUCGUAGGUCCAGAUUACUCAAAAAUGGAUGUAGUCAGAGCUCUUCACAUGGCGAACAAUGACGCAACUGCUGCAAUCAACAUCAUAUUCGACACUCCAAGCUUCAAACGAUCGGAACCUCCUAGGGUUUCAAGCCGUAACACUACUGCUGCAAACACACAGGAUGCGGUUGUGCGUUCAAAGCCGAACAGCAGCGGCAAUCGUGUUGUGGAAGAUGAACCGAGUACUAGUAGGGCAGUGGAGAGUGGAGUCAGGACUGCAAACGACGUCGUUAGUGGUUUGAGUGAUAGUAGUAAGUGGUGGUUUGUUGGUUGUUCGGAAGUGGCUGGGUUGUCUACGUGUAAAGGGAGUAAGAUAAAGGUUGGGGAGCACGUGAAGUUUACAUUUCCGACGGAGAGAUCGUUGACCGGUCCCUCACCGGGGAAAUUUGGCGGUGGCGGGAGGGGUAGGCAGCCAGCUGCCUGUUCGGAGAUUGUGAGGUUUUCUACUGUGGCUUCUGGGGAGAUUGGUAGGAUCCCAAACGAGUGGUCUAGAUGUCUUUUGCCUCUUGUGAGAGAUAAGAAGAUUCAAGUUGAAGGUUUCUGUAAAUUUGCUCCUACUAAUUUGGGACUUAUGGAUACCAUUAAUCUAUCUGUUAGUGUUUACAUUAAUAGUUCCAUUUUACACAAAAGUCAUCAGACCUCUCUCAAAGUACCCAACAGUUCCACCGAUGAAACGUCCAUACAUCCCCUUCCGACCUUGUUUCGGUUACUUGGACUAGUUCCUUUCAAAAAGGCAGAAUUUACACCUAGCGACUUGUAUACAAGGAAAAGACCUUUGGAUGUAAAGGAUGGUUCUAGCGUUUCUGCUCGAUUGAUUCAUUCUAGCAAAGUUAAAGACUCGUCUUUAAACGGAAGUACAGUUGAAAACGAAGAGAUAAUCUCUGAUAACGAUCUCGACAACAUCGUGGGUGUUGCAAAUGGCUCUGAGUUAGAGGAAAUGGAACCUCCUAGUGCUUUAUCGUGUGAUCUUCGUCCCUAUCAAAAGCAAGCGCUUCAUUGGAUGGUUCAUUUGGAGAAGGGACCGUGCAUUGAUGACGCAGCUACAACUCUUCACCCGUGUUGGGAUGCCUAUCAUCUUGCCGACAAGAGGAAGUUUAUAGUUUAUGUGAACGCGUUUUCAGGAGAAGCUACAGUAGAAUUUCCUAGCACCCUUCAAAUGGCAAGAGGAGGAAUUUUGGCAGAUGCAAUGGGGCUUGGAAAAACGAUAAUGACAAUAUCACUUCUGCUUGCUCAUACUGAAAGAGGCGGAUCAUUAGAUAGUGAAAAUAAUGAAGUGGGAAAUAGCUCAGAUCAAUCUUCUUCAUCUCCAAAAAAGUUAACUAAAUUUUCCGGUUUUGAUAAGCUUAAAAAGCAAAAACAAUUGCUUAUUGGCGGAGGGAAUUUGAUCAUAUGCCCUAUGACUCUAAUAGGUCAAUGGAAGUCAGAGAUCGAAACUCACGCUGAACCCGGGUCUUUGUCUAUUUAUGUUCAUUACGGGCAAAGUCGUCCAAAAGAUGCCAAAAUAUUAGCUCAAAGUGACGUUGUGUUAACCACAUAUGGGGUUGUAGCUUCGGAAUAUUCAUCUGAGAAUGCUGAAGAACGUGGGGGGCUAUAUUCAGUUAGGUGGUUUAGGGUGGUGCUUGAUGAGGCGCAUACUAUAAAAUCUUCUAAAAGCCAGAUUUCAAUGGCGGCAGCCACCCUUGUUGCUGAUCGGCGAUGGUGUCUUACCGGUACCCCUAUUCAAAACAAUUUGGAGGAUCUUUUUAGUCUUCUUCGGUUCUUAAGGAUUGAACCAUGGGGAAGCUGGUCAUGGUGGAAUAAGUUAAUCCAGAAACCUUUUGAGGAUGGCGAUGAGAGGGGCUUAAGUUUGGUCCAAAACAUUUUAAGGCCAAUAAUGCUAAGAAGAACUAAGUUCAGCACCGACAAAGAAGGCAGGCCUAUAUUAGUUCUUCCGCCUGCUGAGAUGAAGGUAAUGUAUUGUGAACAAACAGAAGCCGAAAAAGAUUUUUAUGAUGCUCUUUUUAAGCGAUCCAAGGUGAAAUUUGAUCAAUUUGUUGAGCAAGGGCGGGUUCUCCAUAAUUAUGCUUCCAUUUUGGAAUUACUCUUGCGUCUUCGUCAAUGUUGUGAUCACCCUUUUCUUGUUAUGAGUCGAGGUGACACGCAAGAGUAUUCGGACUUAGGUAAAUUGGCAAAGCGUUUUCUUAAAGGCGGAAAGGAAGCCAUUGAAGAAGGUAAAGAAAUGCCUUCAAAAGCUUAUAUACAAGAAGUCGUAAAAGAACUGCAAAAAGGUGAAGAAGGAGAAUGUCCUAUUUGCCUUGAAGCUUUUGAAGAUGCGGUUUUGACACCAUGCGCUCAUCGAUUAUGUCGUGAAUGCCUCUUAUCAAGUUGGAGAAACUCUAAUUCGGGCCUUUGUCCUGUUUGUAGAAAGACGGUGAGCAAACAGGAACUAAUUACAGCACCAACCGACAGUCGGUUUAGAGUUGAUAUCGAGAAAAAUUGGGUGGAAUCAACAAAAGUUUCUGCAUUGUUGCAUGAACUAGAAAGUUUUCGGUCAUCAGGGUCUAAAAGCAUCGUGUUCAGUCAGUGGACUGCCUUUUUAGACCUUUUGCAGAUUCCCUUUGCGCGGAAUAACAUUUCUUUUGUUCGCCUGGAUGGGACUCUAAAUCAACAACAGCGUGAAAAAGUCAUAAAGCAGUUUUCAGAAGAAAACGACAUUAUGGUACUAUUAAUGUCAUUGAAAGCUGGAGGAGUUGGAAUCAACCUUACAGCAGCGUCUAACGCAUUUGUCAUGGAUCCUUGGUGGAAUCCUGCCGUCGAGGAACAAGCCGUCAUGCGCAUCCACAGGAUUGGACAAACAAAAAGUGUUUCAAUCAAACGUUUUAUCGUGAAGGGUACGGUUGAGGAACGAAUGGAGGCUGUUCAAGCGCGUAAACAACGGAUGAUUUCCGGGGCCUUGACAGACCAGGAGGUCCGAACAGCACGUAUUGAGGAACUUAAGAUGCUUUUUACUUGAACUCGCCAAUUGUUUCUGAUUCGUUUCACACAAAACAACCUGUUUGGGUCCAGAUUUGCCAAUCAUUUGGGUCUUGGUCUCUGAUACGAACAAUGGUCUAGUUUUGUUAAUUUGGUGUGGCACACUGAUUCGGCACGCAGACAGGCGAGGCUGGGAAAUGUAAACUGUUAUAGAAGGAGAUUGUAAUUUAGCUAUAGUUUCCAAGGUUAGUUUUGAGUGAUUUUUGUACCAAUUUCAAUUUGUGACAUGACUAUGAAUUUAUGAUACAUAUAGUUUUAUGUAAUUUUUGAAAAUUUUGAAGUAAAAGUUGCUGGAUGUUACCUUUUUUGUC